CUGGGCGGUGGGGGAGGGUCAGGUUUGCGAAGAUUUGCAAAGACGUGAGGCUGGCGGGCUUGGAGGGUGACAGCGGGGUUCCCCGGGGAUGUCUGAAGAGCCAGCGGAGCGCGUGGAGACGCCGGCACCCGGCGGGUGGGCGAGGCCAAGUGCACAUCGCAGGGCCGCGGGCCGAGUGUGAAAUAGCCGGGGAGAGGGAAUAACAGUGGAAUCGAGCAGAAAUGGAAGAAUUAGCAGAACAUGGCAUAUUUCUCCCUCCUAAUAUGCAAGGACUGACGGAUGACCAGAUCGAAGAACUGAAAUUGAGGGACGAAUGGGGUGAAAAGUGUGUACCCAGUGGGGGCUCAGUAUUUAAAAAGGAUGACAUUGGCCGAAGGAAUGGGCAAGCUCCAAAUGAAAAAAUGAAGCAAGUUUUAAAGAAGACUAUAGAAGAGGCCAAAGCAAUAACAUCCAAGAAACAAGUGGAAGCUGGAGUCUGCGUUACCAUGGAGAUGGUGAAAGACGCCUUGGACCAGCUUCGGGGUGCAGUGAUGAUUGUUUAUCCCAUGGGGCUGCCGCCCUACGAUCCCAUCCGGAUGGAAUUUGAAAAUAAGGAAGAUUUGUCUGGAACUCAGGCAGGACUGAGUGUCGUUGAAGAAUCAGAGGCCCAACUGUGGUGGGCAGCCAAGGAGCUGAGAAGAACAAAGAAGCUUUCAGACUAUGUGGGCAAAAAUGAAAAAACCAAAAUUAUCGUCAAGAUUCAGCAAAGGGGACAGGGAGCUCCCGCCCGGGAACCUGUGAUUAGCAGUGAGGAGCAGAAACAGCUGAUGCUGUAUUAUCACAGAAGACAAGAGGAGCUCAAGAAAUUGGAAGAAAAUGACGACGACUCCUGUUUAAAUUCUCCGUGGGCAGAUAACACCGCUUUGAAGAGACAUUUCCACGGAGUAAAAGACAUCAAGUGGAGGCCAAGAUGAAGUUCGCCAGCUGAUGACGCUGUCAGAAAUACUAGCCUUUCAUUAGGCAAAUAAUACAAAUUUAAAAGAAUAAUAAUAGUAAUAGUAAGGGUGCCUGCAGCCCUCUGUGAAAGAUGUUGCAUUUCUAGUUUUCCUAGUUUUUCUUUCCAUUUGAAUGUUUCAAAGAAAAAUUAUUCAAGGUCUUAGAACUUAAUAAAUAUAUCCUCAAAAGAA